AUGUCGACCUCGACGUACGACAAUAUACUCUUUGGAUCGGCUGCUGCUGUACGACUGCUGCUACCAUGGGCCUUUCCCGGUCUGCCCGACCUCCUUAGUGGACGUGUCGAGCUCUCGACACCCGUGACGGGCUUCAAGAGAUUGCAAGAAGGUCUUUUUCUAUACAACCAUGGUCUAUCGCCAUACGACGGAGGUGUUUUCCACCAGGCCCCCAUCCUCCUGCCGCUCUUCUCGCUCCUCCCUGAUCCCACACGCUACCCUCUCGUCACCGUCUUGCUAUAUACACUGGUCGAUCUGGCGAGCGCAUACGCUCUCAUGCAAAUCUUUGCGUCUGGCCAGUCAUAUACCACCCGAUUCUUCACAUCAUCGCGCGAGUCGAAGCGCUGGUCGUCUUCUGCUGUCGCUGCCGCAUACCUCUUCAACCCCUUUGUCAUCUUGACAUGUCUGGCCCGUUCCACAAAUGUCUUUGGGAACCUCUUUGUUCUCAUCGCUAUUCUCAAGGCUUGCCGCGGUGCCGUUCUAGGCUCUGCCUUCGCUCUGGCCAUUGCCUCGUACAUGUCGUUGCAUCCGCUACUGCUGCUUCCACCCCUUGCCAUUCUGUGCUACGAUUCAUGGGUCCUCCGUCGUAGCAAGACCCACCAGAAUGCGUCAACUGCCACCUUGGCCUCCUUUGCUGCGCGCUAUACACUUGUGCUUGUGGCUGCCAUUGCCAUCUUGUUUGCUUUGUCAUACGCACUGAUCGGCGACUGGUCUUUCAUCUCAUCCGUUUACGCCUCUCGUCUUCUGCUGCCCGACUUGACCCCCAAUGUUGGUCUAUGGUGGUACUUCUUCAUCGAAAUCUUCGACUCGUUCCGCAACUUCUUCCUUGGAGUCUUCUGGCUGCACAUGGCAUCGUACUCUCCGGCACUCACAAUCCGUCUUCGCGAACAGCCGCUAGCUGCUGUUGUGCUUUUGUGCGGUAUCUUUGCCGUCUUUCAGCCAUACGCCAAUGUUGGUGAUGCUGGCUUCUGGCUUUCCAUGCUCUCCAUGUAUGGUCAUGUUCACGAACUUUCACGAUAUGCUUUCCCUGCCAUCAGUGCCCUGAUAUACACCACCUUGCUCGGUCCUGCCUUCUACUACCUCUGGGUCUAUGCUGGCAGUGGCAAUGCAAACUUCUUCUACGCCAUUACGCUCGUGUGGAGUCUGGCUCUUUCCGUCAUUCUGGCAGAUAUGCUCUACGCCGUCAUCAGAGACGAGUGGGAAAAGGAGCGUCCCGAGAUGAAGGGCAGAGAAGCCAGGCAAAUAUGA